AUGGCAGGAGUGCCUCCAAUUGAUAUUGCAGAGGAGAUUCGUUCGUUACAGCUCGAUUCAGCAGCGUCAGAGAUAAAUGGGGUGACUAAUCCAGAAGAUGAAAAGCCAGAAGAAAUUGAGGAGGUGGAUAAAAUGGAGGAAGGUUGGUGGUAUAGUGAAAUUCGUGCUUGGAACUUUGUUAUGGUCAUUUUUAUUUUUGCUAAGCGUGUUGUUUUGCUUUGGGUGUUUUCAGAUUCAAACAAUAAAGUCACGGUGAGCUCUCAGCAAGUGCAGGCUGACUUGUCCAAAGUGAAAGAUAAGGAAGCAGCAUUGGUUGAGACGGAAGAAGACAAUAAGAAGCGGCAUUUAAAUGUUGUUUUUAUCGGCCAUGUUGAUGCUGGUAAGUCCACCACUGGAGGCCAGAUACUCUUUCUUAGUGGCCAGGUGGAUGAUCGCACAAUCCAAAAAUAUGAGAAAGAAGCUAAGGACAAAAGUAGAGAAAGUUGGUAUAUGGCUUAUAUUAUGGACACUAACGAGGAGGAGAGGGUUAAGGGCAAAACAGUUGAAGUUGGAAGAGCGCACUUUGAAACAGAGACAACAAGAUUUACAAUUUUAGAUGCACCGUGUGCUCUGCACCAUGAACACCUGAUUAGACUGAUUGAGUGGGGAGAUGAGAAAAAGCCUUCAGCAACUUGUCUACCAUUCUGUUAUGUUGCAUUUAUAGGGUGUGAAACUAAUGUAUCCCCUAUGUUGUUGCGAGACUUUUUGGUCAUAGUUACUAGAGCAGAUGACCAAGUUGGUAGAUACUGUGAUCAUCCUUCACUACUUAAGGAACUUGCUAAAAGAGAUGCAGAUGAUGACAGAUACUCCUCUAUGCAUGUUGUGAUUCUUGCCAACGUGCCAUACGGUCACAAGAGUUAUGUUCCAAAUAUGAUUAGUGGAGCAUCUCAGGCUGAUAUUGGCGUGCUAGUUAUUUCUGCUCGGAAAGGAGAAUUUGAAACUGGUUAUGAGAGAGGUGGGCAGACCCGUGAGCAUGUUCAACUUGCAAAGACCUUGGGUGUGUCUAAGCUGGUUGUUGUUGUGAAUAAAAUGGAUGAUCCAACAGUGAAUUGGUCAAAAGAAAGGUAUGAUGAGAUCGAAUCAAAGAUGAUACCAUUUCUCAAGUCUUCUGGCUACAAUGUGAAGAAAGAUGUCCUAUUCCUACCAAUAUCUGGUCUGGUUGGCACCAACAUGAAAACAAGACUGGACAAGGCUAUAUGUUCAUGGUGGAGUGGCCCAUGCCUUUUUGAAGCCCUUGAUGCUAUUGAAGUUCCUCCACGAGAUCCUAAAGGUCCUUUUAGGAUGCCUAUUAUUGACAAAUUUAAGGACAUGGGAACAGUUGUUAUGGGCAAAGUAGAGUCUGGUAGUGUGACUGAGGGUGAUUCCUUGUUGGUUAUGCCAAACAAGACUCAGGUGAAAGUUCUUGCUGUAUAUUGCGAUGAAAACAAGGUAAGAGGUGCAGGACCAGGAGAAAAUGUACGGGUUAGAUUAUCUGGAAUUGAUGAUGAGGAUAUAUUGUCGGGUUUUGUGCUUUCAAGUAUUGCGAGACCAAUCCCUGCAGUUACAGAGUUUGAUGCUCAGUUACAAAUCCUUGAGUUACUGGAUAAUGCAAUUUUUACAGCUGGCUACAAGGCUGUUUUACACAUACAUUCUGUUGUCGAGGAGUGUGAAAUUGUUCAGCUGCUUCAGCAAAUUGAUCCAAAGACAAGGAAACCUAUGAAAAAGAAAGUACUCUUUGUGAAGAAUGGUGCCAUUGUUGUCUGCCGCAUUCAGGUAACCAACUCGAUAUGUGUUGAGAAGUUCUCAGAUUUCCCGCAACUUGGCAGGUUUACUCUUCGUACUGAGGGAAAAACAGUUGCGGCAAUGUUUACUUUGGCAGCACACCCACAUGUGUUGAUUCAUAUAUUUGAGGUUGGGUUAUGGGCACUGGUGCUUGUGUUCUUCAACACCUUUUUACAGAGCAUUGAUGCUUUAGAUGCAUGCAUAGAAUAUACCCGAUAUACUAAUCGCAUGGUCAUUGAUCGAUUUGUCGGUUAA